AUGAUUGAAUUUGAGAAAAAGUUUGUUUUUAUUUCAGCUUUGGCUAGAUCAGAGUCUAAGAAAGAUGGAGGUUUUAAAAAUAAUUGGAGCUUUGAUCAUGAAGAAGGAAGUGAAGGAGAUACAGAUAAAGAUGGGGCACAUCUACUCAGUGUAGAAGAUGAGGAUUCUCAAACUUCAAAUGGAGAAAAGUUAAAUCGUCCGUCUGAAUUUGUUGAUAAUUCUGGUGAUUACAUCUUGAAGACAUAUGUAAAACGAAACAAGGCUGAAAGUUUUAAAACUUUGAAAGGCAACCCAAUUGGACUUAACAUGUUGAGCAGCAAUAAGAAAUUGAGUGAAAAUACACAAACUGCAUCAUUAUGUUCUGGAACAGUAGUUCAUGGUAGACGUUUUCAUCAUGCUCAUGUACAGAUACCAGUAGUAAAAACCGCAGCCCAAAGCAAUCAGGACCGAAAAGAAAGGAAGGAAUAUCCACCUCAUGUCCAAAAAGCUGAAAUUAAUGCUAUAAGGAUAAGUCGGCCCCAAAGUGUUGGUAAGUUUUUACAGGUUUCUGAACAGCGUGAAUGUUGCCCAAAAUGUGGAAAAGAAAAAGAAAACCAGACCAAAUGCCAAAGUUGUGGUAUUAUUUUUCAUAAUGAUUUGCAAAGAAAUUGCAGACAAGCUGUAACAUUAAAUGACUCUACUGCAGCAUUAUUAAGAACGUCAAUUCAUCAGAAUUCUGGUGGACAAAAGUUACAAAACACAGGAUUAACAACCAAGAAGUUUUAUGGAAAUAAUAUGGAAAAGAUUCCAAUUGAUAUUAUUGUGAACCGUGAUGAUAGUAGACAUCAUUAUUUGCACGCUAAUGGGAAAGUCAUUUUGCCGACAAAAAUACCCAAAGCCACAAAUUUGAAAGAAAGAAAAACAAGCUUGUCUGACCUAAAUGACCCAAUCAUUCUGUCCAGUGAUGAUGAUGAUGACGGUGACAGGACUAAGAGAAGAGAGAGCAUAUCCCCACGACCUGCUGACUCAGCAUGUUCUUCCCCAGCUCCAUCCACUGGAAAAGUGGAAGCAGCACUAAAUGCAAAUACCUGCAGAGCAGAGCAUGAACUAAGGAGCAUUUCGGCAGAGUCAGAGCUAAAUACAGUUUCAUUGCCAAGAAAAGCAAGAAUGAAAGACCAGUUUGGCAAUUCUCUUGUUAGCACACCUCUAAAACGUCGAAAAUUAAUUUCUCAAGAAGCUUUAAUCAAUCCUGUAUCUUUAAGCUGCCAAAACACCUUUGAAAGUGUCAUUUUAAACUGUCGAAGUAUACGAGUAGGAACACUCUUCAGACUACUAAUAGAGCCUGUAAUUUUUUCUUUAAAUCUUAUCAAGAUACAUCUAGAUGGACCAGAGAGUGAUCCUAUAGAGAUUAUUUUAAAUACCUCUGAUCUAACUAAAUGUGAAUGGUGUAAUGUUAGGAAAUUACCAGUCGUGUUUCUUCAGGCAACACCAGCAGUUUAUCACAAGUUGAGCAUGCAACUGCAAAUGAGUAAGGAGGAUAAAGUUUGGAAUGACUGUAAAGGAAUCAGUAAGCUAACAAGUUUGGAAGAACAAUACAUAAUUUUAAUUUUUCAGAAUGCUCUUGAUCCUCAUGCAAACAUGGUAUUUGAAAGUAUCAUUACUGACAUUGGUUUGAAGAAUAAUGUUUCCAAUUUUUUUGCAAAAAUUCCUUUUGAAGAAGCCAAUAGCAGACUUGUUGCCUGUACAAGAAGCUAUGAAGAAAGUAUCAAAGGAAGUUGUACACAAAAAGAAAACAAAGUUAAAACUGUGUCCUUUGAAACUAAAGUGCAAGCUAGAAACAAGCAGGAAUUUCAGUUUUUUGAUGAUGAGGAUGAAACUGGAGAGAACCAUACCAUCUUCAUUGGACCUAUAGAAAAAUUGAUAGUAUACCCACCACCUCCAGCUAAGGGGGGCAUCUCUGUUACUAAUGAAGACCUGCACUGUCUAAGUGAAGGAGAAUUUUUAAAUGAUGUUAUUAUAGACUUUUAUUUGAAAUACUUGGUGCUUGAAAAACUGAAGAAAGAAGAAGCUGACCGAAUUCAUAUAUUCAGUUCUUUUUUCUACAAACGCCUUAAUCAGAGAGAGAGGAGAAAUCAUGAAACAAGUAAUCUGUCAAUACAACAAAAACGACAUGGGAGAGUGAAAACAUGGACUCGGCAUGUAGAUAUUUUUGAGAAGGAUUUUAUUUUUGUACCCCUUAAUGAAGCUGCACACUGGUUUUUGGCUGUUGUUUGUUUCCCUGGUUUGGAAAAACCAAAAUAUGAACCUAAUCCUCAUUACCGUGAAAAUGGAACCAUGCAGAAAAGUUCAGCUGUGGAGGACAGUUGUCUUUCUUCUCCUUUGACCAGUGAAAUGGACAGUGGUUCACAAAACUCUCCUGCCAAGCCUGUAAUUAAGAAGAUGCUAAACAAAAAGCAUUGCCUAGCUGUAACGGAUUCAAGUGCUGGUCAGGGAGAAAGUGACCUGUGUUAUCGGAGAAACAUAGGCAGUGUGAAAUGUACUGUGAAAAAAAAAAAUCAUACUACAAGUGAAAAUGAAGACACAAAUAAAGGAGAAACUGCAAGCCAGAAGGUGGUUGAUAGGUCUAAAAGUGAGAAUGGCCUACAGGAUGAAUGUUUAAGUUCAGUGCAUCAUCCAGAUGGCUUAAGCAAAAUCAGGCUAAACUAUGGUGACCAAUCAGCUGAAGGAGCUAAAAUGCUCGAAGAUGGACUCAUUGACUUCUCAGAGGAUCAGGACAACCAGAAAGUCUGCAACUUUUGGUCCUUUCUACCCUACAGACCUUGUAUCUUACUUAUGGACUCACUUAGAGGCCCUUCUCGGUCAAACGUUGUCAAAAUUCUAAGAGAGUAUUUAGAAGUGGAAUGGGAAGUUAAAAAAGGAAGUAAAAGAAGCUUUUCCAAAGAUGUUAUGAAAGGCUCUAAUCCAAAAGUUCCACAGCAAAACAACUUCAGUGAUUGUGGUGUGUACAUCUUGCAAUACGUAGAGAGCUUUUUUGAGAAUCCAAUACUUAAUUUUGAACUACCUAUGAACUUAAUGAACUGGUUUCCUCCACCAAGAAUGAGAACAAAAAGAGAAGAAAUUCGGAACAUAAUUCUGAAGCUUCAGGAAGCUCAGAGCAAAGAGAAGCAGCAGCACAAGGACACUUGCUCAGAAGCAGCACUGGGCGAGGGAGAGGGGCAGUGUGUCGGCCAUGUCUCACACUGACCUGUGGUCAUUUGUCCCCUGCCCCGCCUCACUCAGUGACUUCCAACUCUGGCUCUAGACAGUAAAGACCUGAAGUGAUUUGGAAAUGUUAAUGCUUGUAUAAAUGUCAUAUAAGAAAUUUUCAAAGGAGUAUGUAUUAAGUAAAAGUCUGUAAAUAUGUUAAUGAGGCCAAUUUUUCCAGCAUUUAUAAUUAUUUUUUUCACUUGUUAGGAAGCUUUUAUGUUUUUUCUGUUAAUAGUACUUAAAACUACAACUUCUAAACACAAAAUAAAAGAAACUAUUUAUAGGAAAAAUAAUAAUUUGAUUUUUUUUUUUUUUUUUUUUGG